AGUUUCCGUUCUUUUAUUCCAGCCUUAGCUACGGGGUGGAAUAGAGGGGCGGGAAUUCAGCCGGCAGUUGAGGAAAGACCUGGCCGGCUAGAUGCAAGGCACCACAUCUGUUGGUGUUCAGAUGGAGCAGGACACUAGUCAUCCAACUAACAGAAAAGUUCCAGCCAAAGAGGAGGGUAAUGCUGUGCCUCUUUGUAGAGCAAAACUCUCCCCCAGCUAUAUUAAUCUUCAAGCAAGUUCCCCACCAGCUACUUUCCUGAACAUCCAGACAACAAAGCUGCCCUCAGUUGAAAACAUCAGAAAAAAUGCUGCAAGAGUGGUUGAAGUUAGACAACAGGAAGAACUUCAAGUCACUGCUAAUGAGACACUAUGUCAGGAGUUGGCCACAAGCCCAAGGAAUGCCUAGGACUGCUAGAAUGUAUGUAUGCCAAUCUCCAGCUUCAGACUCAGCUCGCCCAACAACAGAUGGCUAUUUUGGAAAAUUUGCAAGCAUCCAUGACACAACUGGCUCCUGAGAGGGAAAGUAAGAACUCUUCUCUUCCAUCUUUAUCUCAUCAUCUGUUGUUAAAACACCUGCCCCAGUUCAGUAAAUGAAUUGUGGAACAAA